AUGACUUCAACAAAUUUAUCUCCAGCUGCGCCUACAUCAGAAAAAACACAGUUCACAGAUUUACAUAUUUAUGUGAUACCACCAAAUUUAUGGAAUAAUGAUUUAAAUACGACAUUUUCUCAAUUGGUUAAAAACACAGUAUCAGCUGGAAUAAUACGAUCCAGUGCCGAUGUGAAUUUAUUUGAAUUUCGUGGAAUUAUUGAACAAGAGUUAGGGAAACAAUUUUUACCAAGUGACUACGUAUUUUGUAAACAAGUUGGGCAUUCAAUUGGUCGAAUUCAGUCGAAUCAGGAGAAGUUGUUUAGAAUCGACGAAUUCCUUCCACCUAAAUCUGAACUACCUGAGAUUUAUGUAAUAGAUCGCCAAGCUAUAGAUGAAAACCAACCAUUUUAUAACGAUGCUUCACAACUCCCUCAAUCACAACAAAAGAAUCCACAAAAUCAAGUAACUAUUCUGCCGGUCACUCCAUCUGGCGAAACAAGACCAUCAUCAGUGACUUUUAAAACAGAUGACUCUCAAAAGGAUAUACCUAAAUAUCAACCAAAUCCUCCUUCGACAUUGAACCAAACACCACAAAGGCAGAUGAUGUCACCAGUGAGUGAAUCGAAUACAUCGACAAGUGUUCAGCAGCAUUCUCAGCUACAACAGAACUGGCAACAACAACAACAACACCAAAAUAUCAGUAGACCAAGUUCUCACUAUGAGCAAAGAUCUUCUGUGACUCCGACUGUUAGUUUACCAGUCAUUUCAUCACCAAUUAUGUCGACAAAUGAUCCAUCUAAUGUGAAAACUUCACAGGAAUUAAUUCCAGUACCCAAUGAAAUUAAUAUAGUCCAGUCAACACCUAUUUUGCAUACUGGCGAUGCUGGUUUAGACACAAUUUCAGCAGCAAUCGGUCAUCAAAAAGAUAUUUUACAACGGUUAGAAUAUGAGCAGCAAAAGCGUAUCUUACAAAUGCAAGCUGAAGCUGAAGAACGUCGUCGUCGUGAAGCUGAACAGUAUGCACGAGAAUUGGCUAAAAAUGCUGACCAUUCAAAACGUAUGGAAGAAUUGGAGAAAGAAUUACGAAGAUGGAGUGAUGAAGCCAGACAAACAAGAGAACGUCUAGAUCAAUUACGAGAAGCUUGGGAAACUUCACUUAAAUCAAAACAGGAAGAAAUUACUACUUUGAAACAAGGUCUGGAAAUGAUGAAAAAGAGCAGAGAUGCAUUAGAUGGCAAACCUACAGCCCGAGAAAUAGCUGCACAAACAGAAAUACAUCAACUUCAAAUCCAACUGACAGAAAUGAAACAGAAGUAUAGCCAAGUAAGGGAAGAAUUAGAAGAAAGACGAAAGGCAGCUGAUGCCAGAUUGGAUGCAGUGGGAGGUGAAAUAAAAGAUUUAAGACGUAAGAUGUCCGAUAUGCAUGCGACAAUGCGGGAGCCUAAACCUGUAAAGAUCACAGUCAAUUCACAGUCUAAAUCCACGUGUGAUGUUGGAACAGAAGCAUCAGAGUAA